AUGCACUACUGUAGCGAGCGAUGUCCGCAAACACCGAGGUGGCGCCGUGGUGUCGGCAGCGAGCACCCACCAAUGGCGCCUAAUUCGGCCGGUGUUUACUGCCAUACCACCUCGUCGCCGCCAACAACGCCACCACCAACCAAUCGCGAGCCGCCAUCAUCGCCGCUUCGAUGCCUAUUCCGCACAAUCACCGAAAAUACGCACUACUUGCUAAAGCUUCUCGCCGGCGCCAACACGAAGCCGAAAACCGAUUAA